CUCUGUCGGGUAGCUUGCUAAAAUUUUAUAUUUAUUUACUGCAGAGCUGUACGACACGCGAUAUAAAAUCGUGUACAACGAAAUUAAGUUUCGAAUUUCAAAGUGUAACGUUUUUGAAGUUUUUUUUUAAUUCUGAAACCAAAGUAUGCUACAUGUAUACAUGUAAAACAAAUCUAUGGUUUGUAUGCCAUUAUAAACUGACGGUUCAGAGGGUGUUUUAAAGUCCAAUUUCAUACCGAUGUGAAGAACUCGCUGAGGUUGUCUGUUCCUUUCACACACCCAGCCCGAGGAUUAAGUAUUUAGAAAGUACUACUGUGACUGAGGAACAUCAAAGCGGAAGUCUCAUCUGACACAAACUUCACCGUCCGAAUCCGUCGAUAUGAGGACAGCGUAGAAAUAAAAGGCAGCAGGUCCGUCUGUCGAACAGAACCACCGAACGAUUGCAAUUUACUACUGCAGCAGUUGUCGAACAAUAAACCUUGCUUUCGUAUUCAGCGCUACCUACCGGAAGUACCUUCGAAACAUGAACUUCGAUCAGUGAUCAGUUACACAGGCGAUCUGAAUUCACGCGAGGCAAAAAUAAUGGAACCGACUACUGAAAAUGGAAUAAGUCACAUAAACCCUGUAUAUUUAUCUGACAAUGAGGAAAAUAAACCGGAAAUCAAAACAAAUGACUUCACAGUUGAUAUCGAGGAUAAAAAUGUUACGACGUCAUCACAAUCACCACCACCAAUGGCCGAAGUUUCACCCUCACCUGAAUCUGAUCGUAGCGGGUCCAAAGAUAUCAAGAUCACGAUAGACAGUGCGCAGUCAAAUGGUACACAUGAACCGAACAAAGAGAAGGAGCACAGAAAGAGUGUUGGAAUCCAAUACUUUAAAAGCCGAGACGAGGAACAGAAAUGGCUUGCGUGGAUGGAGGUUCAGUUCCAAAAGAUAGCCGGGGACGACGGGGAGAUAAGCUUAGAGGAGUUCAAGGAUGCCCUGGGGGUCAAGCGGUCCUUUUUUGCCGAACGUUUCUUCUGUUUAUUUGAUACGGAUAAAAGUGGGAGCAUUGAGUGCGGAGAGCUUAUGGAUGGACUUCGGAUGCUGACAAAAGGCACGCCUGCGCAGAAACUCAAAUUCCUGUUUGACGUGUAUGAUGUCGACGGUUCGGGCUCAAUCGAUCGUGAUGAGCUCAAAACUGUUCUACGAUCUUGCAUGGAGGAGAGUUCUCUUUCGCUAGGAGAGGACAAUCUGGACAAUUUAACGGACGUACUAUUUGAUGCCGCGGAUGAAGAUAAAAGCGGUGAAAUAGCGUUUGAGGAACUGAAGGCGGAGUUGGAAAAACAUCCAGGAGUCAUUGAAAAUUUAACCAUCAGUGCAGCUCAAUGGCUAAAGCCGCCUGCCGCCAGCAAGAAAAAUGCCAAGGGGUGGACACACAGAUUUACCUGGAAAUACAUCAGAAAUAACCUGAGGAAGGUGAUCUUUCUGGUCCUGUACAUCCUGAUCAAUGCAGCUUUAACGGCUUACACGGUGUACAAAUACAGGGAGUCCAAUGCAUUUGUCAUAGUUGCCCGGAUUGGCGGAAUGAAUCUCAACUUUAACUGUAUGUUUAUCCUGGUGCUGAUGCUGAGGAAGUGUCUGACCUACUUAAGGGCUACCCCGCUGGCUAACGUAUUACCACUGGAUCAAAACAUACAGUUCCACAAAAUGGUGGGCGGUAUGAUCGCAUUCUUUGGGAUUAUUCAUACGCUAGCUCAUGUUGGAAACGCCCUGUACACUGAAUUCGCGACCCCUGAGAAAAACUUGACCACAGUGGAUAUCCUUUUUACUACGAAAGCCGGAGUGGGAUGGGUGGCAGCAUCCGCCUAUAUCACGGGAUGGCCGAUCUUCAUCAUUCUGAUCACUAUUGUGAUUUGUUCACUUCCGUUCGUCAGACGAAGCGGUCAUUUUCAGGUGUUUUACUGGACUCACAUGCUGUACAUCCCGUUUUGGAUUCUACUUAUUCUUCAUGGUCCAAUUUUCUGGAUGUUCUUUAUUGCGCCUGGCGUUAUAUUCGUUUUUGAGAAAAUAUUCCGAUCUAAACUCAUGAAGAGGGCGCGGUAUGGAAAUACUCACAUAACUGAAGUCAAUCUUCUACCAUCAGGGGUUUGUCAUCUAGUGAUAUCAAGACCAGACAACUUUGUGUAUCAACCCGGGGACUACAUAUUUAUACAGAUCCCGGUUAUUGCUGCCAAUGAGUGGCAUCCAUUCACCAUCAGCAGCGCCCCAGAAAUGAAAGGUCAUAUUUGGCUGCACGUGAGGUCGGCGGGGCACUGGACGAACAUGCUCUAUGAGUAUUUCUCAGCGUUAGAUCCGGUGAAUCUGGGUAAGCCGGAAGUAGUCCUACAGAAGCGACGUUCUACAAUCUCCCCUAAAUUACUCAAUUUCAGAGCUUCAGGUAAAAUCUCAGGGAGGAAAGGUUCACAGUAUUUAGAAAAGAGUCAGAAGGAAUUCGAGCGUGAGCGGAGAGUGUCAAUGAAGAACAAGAGAGUCCGUAUCAAGUGUCACAUAGAUGGGCCCUACGGGACCGCUACCAGGGAAAUCUUCGAGACUGAGCACGCCGUACUGAUUGGUGCUGGGAUCGGCGUCACGCCCAUGGCAUCCAUCUUGCAGAGCGUGAUGUAUCGUUACAAAGAAUCCAAACGAACCUGUCCGUGUUGUCAACACAGUUUCUAUGGUCCUAUCUCAGAUCAUUCAAUGAAACUGAGAAAGGUUGACUUCAUAUGGAUAAAUCGCGACCAGAAGGCUUUUGAAUGGUUUGUUGGAAUACUAGACCACAUAGAAACCGAGCAGAUAGGUGUCGCAUAUGACGGAGAUAAAGAACCGGAAAAAGUGAUAGCCAUGCACAUGUACAUGACCGCGGCGCAGGGCAAAACAGACAUGAAAGGCAUUGGUUUACAAAUUGCCCUGGAUCUAAUACAUCAGAAAGACAACAAGGACUUGAUAACAGGACUACAAACACGAACACAAGCUGGACGACCUAACUGGAAUCAGAUUUUCCAGAAAAUUGUAGACGAAAAGAAAGGAAAAGUAAAGGUCUUUUUCUGCGGAGCCCCACAGCUGGGAAAGAUGAUAAAAAACACGUGCAUGAAAUACAAGUUCAAAUUUUCAAAAGAAAACUUUUGAAAAUAUCGUUUUUCAUUUAUUGUUGACUAAAAGGUUGCCUAAAAGAAUUUUUUUUUAAAGUAUGAAUGUAUACCAGUUUUGUAUUCUGUUGUGGGCAUUGUACCGUAUUAAAAGCUUGAUGUGUGCAUGGUUCAACAUUCCCAGUGAACCUGUCUUUCACCAAUCAAAUCAAAGCCUCAUUUUUCCGUGCACAACCACCAUUUGUAGAAUUUAGAAAUAUACAUGCACGCAUUAAUCGUUUCAAUGUCUCUCUAGCCCUCGUUCCAUCCGAGACUUAGAAUAACACACACAACUGUCGACACAACGAUACUGUACAUUGAAUUAUGAAUUAUUUUUAUAUACAUGUACCAAUGUUGUGCCAUAUUCAUUUCAUCAUCGUUAUUAUUAGUAUUCAUUUAUCUAAUCAACUGAUAUUCAAUUUCAACCUUGAGGCAAGAUAGAUCAGCAUACAUUUACUAUUGUGAGUUCACGUCCUGAUUUAUCGCCCUUGAUAUCAUAAUAUGAUACUAAAGAGAAAUCAAAUGUAUUUUUUAAAAAUCUACAAUCAAACGGCAUAUGUUAUGCUUAAUAAAAUCUAUAAGGUUUU